AGAGUUCCUGUGAUUCUCUCGCAGCUCGCCGGUUCGCCGCAUGCUGCCGUUCCGUCUCAAGGGUGGAUCAUUGUCACUGGACUGGACCACACCGCCCCUGCAGCCGCUGCUCUUAGUACUUGCACCGCAUCUCCGCUCUUCCUCUCACCGUACCAAGCUCUAGUUAUCCGUCCACCAUGUCCGUGGUGGGUUUUGACGUGGGCUUUCUGAACUGCUAUGUAGCAGUAGCCCGAGCCGGGGGGAUCGAAACUGUCGCCAACGAAUACAGCGACCGGCUUACACCAGCAUGUGUUUCAUUUGGACCCCGGAAUCGAUCAAUCGGUGCAGCUGCAAAAAGCCAGGUCGUCACAAACUGCAAGAACACAGUUCAAGGGUUCAAGCGGUUUCAUGGCAGAGCAUUUUCUGACCCAUAUGUGCAGUCCCUCAAAAACAGCCUGGUGUACGAUAUUGCACAAAUGCCCACAGGAACAGCGGGCAUCAAGGUGAUGUACAUGGAGGAGGAGAAGCUGUUCAACAUUGAACAGGUCACUGCCAUGCUGCUGACCAAGCUGAAGGAGACUGCGGAGAGUGCGCUGAAGAAGCCUGUGGCUGACUGUGUUGUGUCUGUUCCUAGCUACUACACUGACGCUGAGAGGAGAUCAGUUGUUGAUGCUGCUCAGAUUGCUGGACUCAACUGCCUGAGGCUUAUGAAUGAGACAACUGCAGUUGCAUUGGCAUAUGGAAUUUAUAAACAGGAUCUCCCUCCUCCUGAGGAGAAGGCUAGGAAUGUGGUGUUUGUGGAGCUCGGACACUCUGGAUACCAGACAUCAGUGUGUGCCUUUAAUAAGGGCAAGCUCAAGGUCCUUGCCACAGCCUGUGACCCAUUAUUGGGAGGGAGAGACUUUGAUGAGGUACUGGUCAAGUAUUUCUGUGAGGAAUUUGGCAAGAAGUACAAGAUUGAUGUCAGGUCUAAGCCCAGAGCUUUGGUCAGGCUUUACCAGGAGUGUGAAAAACUGAAAAAACUGAUGAGCGCCAAUUCCUCUGACCUGCCACUUAACAUUGAGUGUUUCAUGAAUGACAUCGAUGUCACUGGAAAGAUGAACAGGGGUCAGUUUGAAGAAAUGGCUGCAGAGAUUUUGCUUCGUGUGGAGCCUCCUCUGCAUAGCCUGUUGGAGCAAGCCAAGCUAAAAAAGGAUGAGAUCUAUGCAGUUGAGAUCGUCGGUGGAGCUUCCAGGAUCCCAGCUGUCAAAGAGAGAAUCAGCAAGUUUUUCGGGAAGGAGUUGAACACCACUCUGAAUGCUGAUGAAGCUGUGGCCAGAGGAUGCGCCCUGCAGUGUGCAAUUCUGUCCCCUGCCUUCAAAGUCCGUGAGUUCUCCAUCACAGAUGUUGUUCCCUAUCCAAUCUCUCUGAAGUGGCAUUCUGCUGCAGAGGAAGGUGAAAGUGAUUGUGAGGUUUUUCCUAAGAACCACGCAGCACCUUUCUCCAAAGUUCUCACCUUCUACCGGAGAGAGCCUUUCUCUCUGGAUGCCUACUAUAAUUCUCCUAAUGAGCUGCCUUAUCCUGAUCCCACUAUUGGUCAGUUUAUGGUCCAGAAGGUCGUCCCACAAGCAUCUGGGGAGAGCUCAAAGGUGAAAGUCAAGGUGCGGGUGAACAUUCAUGGCAUCUUCAGUGUGUCCAGCGCCUCCCUGGUUGAAGUGCAGAAGUGUGAAGACACAGAGGAACCCAUGGAAACUGAACAGGUUUCCGACAAAGAGGGAGAGAACAAGAUGCAAACUGAUCAGGAUGGGCAGCAGGCUCAAGGAGAUGCUCCGAAAGAAACGGAGGAGAAGACUCAGCAUGAGAAUGAAGAGAUGGAGACCAGCACUGAGGAGAACAAAGGUGAGAAAAAGUCCGACCAGCCUCCACAGGCUAAAAAGGCCAAAGUCAAAACAAAAGUGCUGGACCUUCCGAUUGAAAACAGUCCACAGUGGCAGCUAGCAAACGACAUGCUCAAUCUGUUUGUGGAAAAUGAGGGUAAGAUGAUCAUGCAGGACAAGCUGGAGAAGGAGAGGAAUGAUGCCAAGAAUUAUGUAGAGGAGUAUGUGUACGAUAUGAGGGACAAGCUGCAUGGGAUGCUGGAAAAGUUUGUCAGUGAAUCUGACCGGGAUUGUUUGUCAUUAAAGCUGGAAGACACUGAAAACUGGCUUUAUGAAGAUGGAGAGGACCAACCUAAACAGGUGUACAUUGACAAGUUGGGGGAGUUGAAGAAACUCGGCCAGCCCAUCCAGGACCGGUAUAUGGAGGCUGAAGAGAGACCCAAAGCUUUUGAGGAGCUGGGGAAACAAAUUCAGCAGUACAUGAAGUUUGUUGAGGCCUACAAAAUGAAAGAUGAGCUGUAUGACCAUUUAGAUGAGGCAGAUGUCAACAAAGUGGACAAAGUGAGCAGCGAAGCAAUGAUCUGGAUGAACAGCACCAUGAACCAGCAAAACAAGCAGAGCCUUAACGUGGAUCCAGUUGUCAAAGUCCCAAACAUCAGGGCAAAAACAAAGGAGCUCCUGUCUGCCUGUAAUCCCAUUGUGACCAAACCCAAGCCCAAAGUGGAACUUCCCAAGGAAGAAACGGCUGCAGAGCAGAACGGUCCUGUCAACGAACAGGAGAAAACCCAGGAGGAAACGGCAGACAAAGCAGCUACUGACAGUACAGGCAAACCAACCUCAGAAACCACAGAGAGCAAACCCGACAUGGACCUUGAUUAAAGCAGCUUAAUGCCUCCUGAAGCAAAGCUGUACAGGAGCUGAUUGAGUCAGGCUGAGAUGCAGCCUGGCUGCAUGUCAGAGCUGCUAAAGUGUUUGAGGAACUGCACUCCUGAGUCAAAAGCAGGCAGGGUGUUGAGCACACUGAACCCAACUAGUGGUGGUACCUUCUGAUGACAUAGCAUGCUCUCUCUCUCUUUCUGGAUGACCUAAAUCAAAAGCCAGCUGCAAUAACUGUUUGACAAUGAGCGCUGUACACAUGAUGGUAUUUAUUUCUGUUGUGUGCUCUGUAAGUGUUCUGGUCUGUGUCACAAUAUGGUUUUAAUAAAGUGACUGAAAAUCUCUCA